AUGCCAGAAACAAUUGGCAACACCGAAGUAAUAGGGGAAACUACACUAAAUGGAGUGUCCAACUUUAAGAUUCAUUUACCUAAAAUAUUUCAAGAAGGCCUUAACAAUUCAACAGAACAUUCUAAUGAUAACCCCAAUAAUACAUUGAAUGGUUCCCGACCUGAGAAUAACAAAAAUGAAAAUGAAUCUGAUCAAAGACCACCUAGUCCAUUAAGAGAACAACCUGAUGUCGAUCAAAUUUAUAGAACUAUUUCACAAGAGUCUAGUAUACGACCAACUCCCACAAAAUUACACAAGAUGUCAAAAUCCUUUCUGUUAGAAUCACCAAAAAUUAUAUCUAAUCCUUUAUCAUUUUUCAAUCGGAAUGACGACACGAAGGAAAUGAGAUUUGAAUCAGAACAAGAGGAGGAAGAAGCCAAAAAGCUUUUCAAUCCAAUGCAAGCUAAGUCCAACGGAGUGUCAAGUAACGAUCUAGAUGGAGUGGAUCCAUUGGAUGAACAAGAGAAGAAUAAAGUUAAAGAUAAAGAUCAUAAGGACAAGGCCAAAGACAAGGAUACAAGGAUUCCAUUUCAACAUUCACAAACUUUGGCUAACUUAGGAAACUUCUUACCACAUAGAUUCAGUGCACGUCCACAGACUCAACAGGAUUCAUUACAUCCAAAUGCCUAUGAAAUGAAUGACCUUUUUCAUCCAACUACUGAAUUAUCUACCCAACAGAAGCUCAAAAUGAGAUUACUGAGACUUACGAGAAGAAGACCAAAGGAAAGAAGAAGAACAAGUAUAGCAUUAGGAGAGCUCGAAGAAUUAAGAGAAGAAGGGGAGAGACAAGCAGGAGAAAGAGCUCAAAAAUUGAUUGUUGGUCUUGCCUUGGGUGGCCCUGCUAUUGGAUUAAUGGCAUCGUGUUUAUUAGAAGAUGAAAAAGGAAUAGCAAGAGCUCCAUUAUUAUUAUCUUUACUAGGAUUGAAAGUGACUGACAUUUCCUUGAAUGAUCAAACUAGAAUCCGAAGAUUUCGAAUUGACUUGGAAUAUGGUGUAGGUCCCCAAAGAAUGAAAUGGUCCAUUGAGAGAAAUGCCAAAGAUUUAUUUUAUUUACAUUAUAAGUUUAAUCUUGAGCGUUGGGCAAAAGAAGUAGUUGGAGGUAAAAUUCAAAAACCUCCCAAGUUUCCCAUUCCGCCCCUUAGAAAGGAAUCCAACAGAACAAGGAGAAACAAACCAGUAAGCAAUCAUCGACAACAACAUACCCUGCCGACACAUGAAGCUGCUUCUGUCGAAGAUAAUAGUUCACUACAUUCAAUGAACACAUUCAGAGCGGUACUACGUAGAGCAAGACUGCAUUUGUCUAUUUCAUCAGUUUCAUCAGAUGAAGAUACACCUGAGGUUAUUGAAGUUAGAAGGAAACAUAAGAAUGCACAAUAUAUUCACGAUGUUGAGAGAUAUUUGAAUGAAUUAAUUGAACAAAUAUCAUUGAAACCUGAAUCUAAUCGUCUAUUCAUGUUUUUUGAGAUUUCUCCAAUAUCAUCAUUAUUAAGUUAUGAAUCUGGAUAUAUUGGAAAACAAGGUCAGGUACAUAUAACCUCAUCAAGUAAAUCGCUGGGUUGGCGUGUUGGAUAUUUCAAUGCUGAUGGAUUGAAAGGGAUCAUUGAUAGACGUUCUGAAAAAUGGAUGUUGAUUAGAGAUUCUUAUGUGAUGUAUGUCUCCGAUUUCAAUUCAACAAUCCCAUUGGAUGUUUUCUUAGUGGAUUCCGAUUUCAAAAUCACUUAUAAACACAAUGAAGACGUUAAUGAUGAAGAAUUUUCCUUUGAUGAAUCAUCAUUAGCUCGUGAGAAGGUUUUGAGCGAAACAAAUGCCUUCUUUCCUCAUUUGAAAAUCACAUUGGAGAAUGGAGAAAGGAAAUUAGCAAUAAAUCCUAAAUCGUCAAAUGAUCAUAGAGUAUGGAUUGAAUCACUCAUGUCGAUGAAGAACUCUACUGUCUGGUCUGAAAAGCAUAGAUUUGAAUCAUUUGCACCAGUGAGAGAAAAUUGUUUUGCACAAUGGUAUGUUGAUGGUCGUGAUUAUUUUUGGUCAGUCUCUUCUGCAUUAGAAAUGGCUAAGGAUGUGAUUUAUAUUCAUGAUUGGUGGCUCACACCCGAAAUUUAUUUAAGACGUCCAGCAAAUGGUAAUCAACAAUGGAGACUUGAUAGAAUAUUACAGAGAAAAGCUCAACAAGGGGUGAAAAUCUUUGUUAUUGUUUAUCGUAAUGUGGGUUCAACUGUUUCUAUUGAUUCAUUAUACACAAAGCAUUCAAUUUUAUCAUUAAAUGAAGACAAUAUUCAUGUUAUCAGAUCUCCAAAUCAAUUGCUUCAAAACACUUACUUCUGGGCUCAUCAUGAAAAAUUAUGUAUUAUUGAUAACACGAUUGCAUUCAUGGGAGGUAUUGAUAUGUGCUAUGGUAGAUAUGAUACACCAGAUCAUGUAUUGACAGAUGAUUCAAAAAUCGAUUUUGAUAGCCUUAGACCAGGUGAUAGACCUACACGUGACGAAUUAAUUAAUUUCCAAACUUUCCCAGGGAAAGAUUAUUCUAACCCAAGAGUCAGAGAUUUCUCUAAUUUGGAGAAACCUUAUCAGACAUUGUAUGAUAGAAAUACUACACCAAGAAUGCCAUGGCAUGAUAUCCAUAUGUUCACAUCAGGAAAAGUUGCCAGAGAUUUAUCCAGACAUUUUGUUCAAAGAUGGAAUUAUUUGUUAAGACAGAAACGUCCAAGUAGAUUUACACCUUUAUUAACGCCGCCAUCUGAUCUUACUGAUGAAGAAACUAGGAAAUUUGGAUUAGAUGGAACUUGUGAAAUUCAAUUAUUAAGAUCGAGUGGAAAUUGGUCAUUGGGGUUGAAACAACAUGAACAAAGUAUCCAAAAUGCCUAUAUUAAAUUAAUCGAAAGCUCACAACAUUUCGUAUAUAUAGAAAAUCAAUUCUUCGUUACGUCUUGUUUUAUUGAAGGAAUUGAAAUUAGGAAUAGAAUCGGUGAUGCAUUAGUUGACAGAAUUAUCAGAGCCCAUAAAGAAGGAACCAAUUGGAAAGCAGUGAUUAUUAUUCCAUUAAUGCCCGGAUUUCAAUCCCAGGUCGAUGAAGCAGAAGGAUCGGCCGUUCGUGUCAUUAUGCAAUGUCAAUAUAUGUCAAUUUCAAGAGGUGAAUCUUCAAUUUUUGCCAAAUUAAGGAAAAAAGGAAUUGAUCCUGAUAAUUAUAUUCAAUUUUUCUCAUUACGAAAAUGGGGUAGAAUUGGGACCAAUAGAACUUUGGUAACUGAGCAAUUGUAUAUUCAUGCUAAGGCAAUGGUUGUUGAUGACAGAACUGCAAUUAUUGGAAGUGCAAAUAUUAAUGAAAGGUCUAUGCGUGGGGUAAGAGAUUCAGAGAUUGCCGCCAUUGUACAGGAUAAGGAACAGGUAAAUACUAUGAUGAAUGGAGAACCAUUCAAAGCCGGUAAGUUUGCACAUACCUUAAGAAUGAGGUUAAUGAGGGAACAUCUUGGAGUUGAUGUGGAUAUAUUAGAUGUGGUGGAAAGGAGAUUUAAGCGGUUUGAAAAAGUAGCAAGAUCAAAGGAAGGUUUACUAUUUGCGACUAACAAAUUCAAGGAUAUUGAGAAUAGGUAUUUAUCAGCAAUGGUUGAAAUUGCAUCUAGAGAUAUUUUAGGAGAACAUGAUGGUACAGGAAGAUGGUUCCAUUUUAUGGAUAUGAUUGGUUCUGAAUAUAAAAAAUUAAGCGUUCCUUUUGAAGAAGAAGAGGAUGAUGAUUUACCACCUCCAUUGUUUUUACCAGUAUCGCUUAAUAAUAGAACUGGUACUCAUGAAGCAAAUAGAGGUAUUCGUGACAGAAAAAAGCAUUCUUAUGACAAUAGAGUUCAAAACAGUGCUGCACAUAAGAAAGAUGUUUACGGUGAAGGUCUCGAUAAAUACAGAAGUAAACUUGCCAAGAAUUCCAGAUUAAACAGUGCAAAGUUCCUUAGGGAAUUAGCCAUGACUUCUAUGGAUGAAAAUCCAACAACCUCAUUUAUGCCUGAUAUUCAAAGUGUUAGAGAAUUUUUGGAAGCUGAUGAUUGUGAAAUGACUGAUGAAAUGGACGAAGAAUCUGAGAAGAUUAUCAACGAAAGAAAUAGGGAGAGAUGGUUAUUAUUGAAGAAGAUUUCAUAUCUUCAAAGAAUUGCAAGUAAAGAACAAGCAGCUACAGAAAAAGAAAACAAAAGAAGGCAAGAAGUUGGAUUGAGUCCAUUAACAAAUUCUUCACCAACUGCCAGUGAUGAAACUGCAUUUCCCUUCCAAAAGUCAGUUUCACCAGAAGUAAGAACAUCGUCAGACGCGACAGGUGCAAGCAUGCCAGUUUUCAAUGGAAUCCAAGUUACUUCGUUGGACGAAAAUACAACUAAAGAAGUUAUUAAAAGUAUUACUUCACCUGAUGUAAAAUUGAGUAGUUUUGUCGACCCAUAUGUUUUUGAAGAUCCAAUUGACGGCGAAUUCUAUGAAUGUCUUUGGAAUGAGAUUGCAAGAAGGAACACAGAAAUUUACAGAAGGGUCUUCCACACUCAACCUGACGAUAUGGUAAGUAGAUGGUCCGAAUACACCCAUUAUACCCAAUUACACAGCUCAUUUAUGAAAGCGCAAGAUUACGAAGCAGAUUUAAGACAAGCUAAUAAUUUAUUGGACGACGAAGAAGCACUUACUAAAGUGGAAACAGCUGUCAACUUACAGGCUGAAGAUGCAACAGAAACUAUGGAAACCGACAAUGAUAUUGGAUUGCUUGGGAAAGUACCUCCCUCAAGGGACGCUGCAGAAGUUCCUCCUCCAGAACACAAAAUGAGACUUAGGUUAGGAAGGAGAAAUAGUCAGUUCCCAGUACCACUGAAUGAAGUUGGGGAUAUGAGUGUGGUUGAUGAACCUAUCCGGGAAGAAAUCCCAGAUAACGUGUCAGAAUUAUCUCCAGUCCAAGAGCUGGACGAGUCACCAAACCAUGAAGUAGACACCUCAGAGACUGAAGGGCAACAAGGUGAAAAGUCGGAACAGAACAAACCAGCAGCUACCAGUACCAAAGCACCCGGAAGACGUCCUAGGGCUGGAACUUAUCUCGCAAGAAGAAGAAUCAAUACUGGAGAAGCAAUUUAUGAUCGCAAGACGGCAGAGAGAUUGUUGAACGAGAUUCAUGGGAAUUUGGUUUAUUUCCCUACUGAAUGGCUUGGCGUAGAAUUGAUUAGUAAUAAUUGGUUUUAUAAUACUGAUAGGCUUCCACCAAUGGAAAUUUAUGAUUAA